UUCCGUCAUUUUGUUCUGCAUUUUAGAAACACACACGCACACAAAUUAAAACAUACGCUGGAUUAAAAAUAAACAUUUAAAUAAUAACUAUAACGGUUGUUAAUAUCCCGGUUAUAAAACAUACAGUGUGCAUUUAUUGCUCACAAGAUUAUUUCCACCACAUAAAUCGUAUUGAACUUUGUUACGACUCCGCCUUUUAUGCUUUUGACACACAUAUGAUCCGGCUCUGCUGGUUCGGUUAUAGCACUGAUUUUCGACAGUUGAUCGGUUCAGCUGCAUACUUCUGUUAAUUUGUUAAUCUUCCACAGCUCUCCUCAAAUGAAUCUUUAUGCCAAGUUGUUGCUGGGCAGCAUAUGCGUUGCUUUCAUUGCGCUUCGAUGGAGUGCUCCGUCAUUUAAUAAGGAGUCCUUGAAAGGUGCCAGGGUGCUGGUGACUGGUGCCAGUACUGGCAUCGGCGAGCAGUUGGCGUACCACUAUGCCCGUUUAGGAGCCCAACUCGUUAUCACGGCGAGGAGAGAAAAUGUCCUAAAACAAGUUGUGAGUAAGUGCUUGGAAAUGGGGGCUCAACGGGCCUUGUUCAUCCCUGCGGACAUGGCGAGCGCCUCCGAUGCUGAAAGCGUGGUGCAGUACGCCAUCGAACAGCUUGGGGGUCUGGAUUACCUGGUUCUGAACCACAUCGGGCCCAGUCCGUACAGAAUGUGGGAUGGAGACGUGGAGCACACACGAUGGCUGCUAGAGGUGAAUUUUCUUAGUUAUGCACAGAUGACUCAGAAAGCUUUGCCUACUCUUGAAAAGAGUAAAGGAUCAAUAGUUGUUGUUUCUUCCCUGCUAGGAAAAUUAUGCGGCCCCUUUGCUUUGCCGUAUGCCGCAACAAAGUUUGCACUCAACGGUUUCUUUGGAGGCCUGCAGCAUGAGCUAGCUAUGCAAAAAAGCAAUGUGUCCAUAACCAUCUGCACACUCGGCCUGAUUGACACAGAUAGCGCCAUGGAGAAAAUCAAAGGUUACAUCAAUAUGACUGCCUACCCUGCACAAGAGGCCGCCUGGAACAUUAUCGAAGCUGGAGCGUCUCGACAAUCUGAGACCUUUUACCCUUGGUACACCUUCUACGCCUGUCUCUUCAGAGACUGGUUCCCCUACUUUAGGGAUCAAGCGAUUCAAAACUCCUACACAUAUAAUCCGCAAGUUGAUAAGGACCCAGUUACUGGAAGCUGACAGAUUCAUCGAAAUCUAUGUGUGGAGCAGAGCAUUAGCCAUUAGCGCAUGUGCUUUGACACACACCAAGCCAAUGGUGCUCAUGAGGUUGAUCAGUUCUUCUCCCUGUUGUUAAAGAUCAAAAAUAAAGCUUUAUGAUGAAAUAACAUUUAACCUACUGAGAAACAUUCCACGAUUAAGGUGAUUUGUAGUACAUUACCAAGAACAUAUUGCUGCUGUAAAGCUUAAAAGAGUUUAAACAUUGUGUAUUUCGCCUGUUCACAAACUGUAUGCACAUUUUGGCAGAAGCUGUUUGUAAAGUUUGUUAAAACCCAUAUAUUUCAUGUAAUCAGGACUUUAAACUAUGUUUGUGUGUAUACUAAACUACUUAAUGUAAAGCACUCUGAACUUACCUCAUAUUUUCUUACCAGUUACACACAUUAUCCAUGUGUCUGAGGCGAAUAUCUUGUAUAGACUCGACAAUAAAGACGUUCCAAUAAAAGCUUGCCGCCUGAGUUUUACUGCUGACAAAAUGUAACAUUCACAGCGUACAUUAGAUAAUGAGAAGUUUCAAAACAUUUAUGGUGUUUUAGACAAGGAAUUGCGUCCAUAAAGGCACACUCUAUGAGUUUUAGUACCCGCAAAUUAUGCAAAUGAGAUAACGCGAACUCAAAAUCUGCUUUGAUUUACAGACUACUAUCACACAUUUAAAUGUGUAAUUACAACACUGAGUUGCGUUAAACCUCUAAAAAAAAUUGCUGCACCAGUGCAUUUGGAUGUUAUAACACAAUAUGUCCGAAAGAGGGCAGCAGUCUCUUGACAAUAGCGACCACGAACUCUUUUACUUGCACGUGUUCCCCUUUCAUCGUCCCAAAAGUUCGUCCAUGAGGUAGUUAGGUUGUACGACCGCCAAGAUUAAGACUUUUCUCUUCUGAGUGAGUCCUUCAUUAGAGAGAUGCUCCACAUUAAUUCCCUGCAAUUAUCACGGGUGGGUCACAGUAUAUCAAAUUCACAGAAGAGCUAGAUGAUCUGAAAUGAAGCCAGGCUGUAUCAAUUCUCAUGUACUUGACUGGGUUUAAGAGGAGAAAUCAAAGCCAGAACCUCCUUGUACUCAAUGCGCACUGCCUUACACAUUACACAAACACUUUCCCCUUCUCUCUCAGACACACACCCACACAUGCCCACAUACACUCUCAUGAUGGGGCCUCGGGGGGAAGGAACGGCCCGGCUGGCUGGGAUAGCAGCCA